AUGGACUCUGAUUGGUGUAUGGCCUGCGAGCGUCGCCUUCCAGUUGGCCAGGAUCUGUACUGCUCGCCAGCGUGUGCUCGCGCCGACAACUGCGAGAUGAUCGCAUCCCCCACGACGCCGACGCAAUCGUCGAUGCAAGCCUGGGCGAACCACAGCCCAGAGAACCGGAUCGAGCGCUGGAGGUCGGCCGUCGUCCCUGGUGCCCCCGGCAUGCACUCGGACGACGAGCGCACACCAUCCCCCCGCCCUCGCCGCCCAACAACGUCCGCCCACCAACAAAUCCCCCGCCGACCAAAGCUCCUCACGCAGGCAUCGACGCCCGUGGCUUCGACCAGCCUCAGCUUCUCGUCCACGCCCUCCGACUCCCGCCCACUACCAUCGCCCGUACUCUCCGCACCCAUCACCAUCGUCAACUCGCCGGGCCGGGCAUCCCCUCGCGAGCAUCACACUCCCCCAGUCCCCCGCCCGCACGUGCGCCCAUCACCGGCCAGCUCGAGUACCGCCCUCACAUCCGACGACUCGCUCCGCACACCGGUGACUCCCGUAUACGCUCGCCCAGAGCCCGCACCCACAGACGCACACCGUCGCUCUCUGUGGACCCAGGUCAAGACAUGGGUUGGGCCCUCCUCGGCCAAGUCACCACACGCAUCCAGCCCCGCCUACGCGCCAUACAACUCCCGCGCGAGCCCGUUGCUGGUCAGCGACGAGGAUCUCCUCUCGACGGUCGAGAUGGACGCCUGCCGCAACAGCUUCUCGGUAGUCCCCAUGGCUGCCGAUGACGACGAGCCUCAAGACGAGGGCCUCGCAGGCUGGUUCGCGUCGCAGAUGCAGCAGCAGAAGCAGGCGCAGCAACUGCCGACGCCGGCACAGUCGGUCCAGCGCAGUGCAAAGGCGAGCGCCGCCUACGCCAAGCGCGGUCGCAAGCUCGAGCGCGCAGAGGCACGGGGCCACUACUUCGCCUACGCUCGCUGA